AUGAAUAAUUCUACCCGCAACAACUUCAGCCACGUCGAAUACAACUCUACCAAGCGCAAGAAGCCCGCGGAGGGCCCUACGGUCCAUUCCAAGCGAGCCAGUGUACCCUUGGCGAAGCCACGCAGAUCAAAGAAGAGCUCUGAAGAUUCGUCCGACGAAGAUAAAGAAUAUCCUGCCCUAGCUAUUAUUGGAGAGAGAUUCGUCGGCAAAGACAAAAGGGAGAAGCAAUAUUUGGUGGAUUGGGUACCUCGCCAAAACGGUAAACCCUACCCGCCGAGUUGGGAGCCGGCGAGCUUCGUCAACGAGGCCCUCCUCGAAGACUGGGAACGAACGAAGAAAGAGAGGGCAACUAGUGGGACUCAUUCGCAUGGACAGCCUAUAGUUCAAGGAGGGAGACGGACAAAACAUAUUCGCGGCUUACCGGAUUCUUCGAGCGAAGCUGCAUCACCGCACAGUGCCAAAUCGUCAUCUGGUCAAGUGGCGAACAGCUCCAAACCUCGCGCGUCGAGUAGGUUGCCUUCGGUCAACCCAGAUCGGCGCGCGUCAUCUCCCAUCGAGAUAGCAGAGACACAGCAAGACGUAUCGCAACCCUUGUUAAUUCCUGUGAGCAUCCCUCCCGCCAAUAUCAGCAAGGCAGAUCACGGGCCCCUGCAUCGCAGUCCCAUUAAUUCCGACGGUGGCUUGAAAGGGUGUUCUUCUCCAUCCCAAAGGCAAAAUUAUACAAACUCCUCCCCCUCCUCCCAGCCCGGACCUGAUCAGUCUCCGUCCAGGAGAAGAGGCCCAGUCCCGAUCAGCUCGACUCCUCUCCAGGAAUCAUCAUUGCCGGGACGAAGUAACACACCUCGCAGAACUCAUCGAACCGAGUCGUCGACAAGCAGACAAGCACGUUCCCCUCACAGAACAAAGGGGUGGCACGCCGGUGUCGACUCUACUCCACUGACCUUACGAAGUCAAAAGGCCAGAAGUGCUGGAACCCCUGCAAACUAUCCACCACCUCUCCCUAGGGGAACACCGAGCUCAGACAUAUCUUCCGGCACAACAAGAUACGUUACUCCUGAAUUUCCAAUUCCAACAACCCAGGACUUAUCCACUCGAACACGGGAACCUAGCGUGGAGUUCGGUUCCGACCAAGGGCGUGGAAUAUUUACCAACACCGUCUUGACAGAAAAUCCAGUUCAAGACCCAUAUCCCCAAAAUACUUUUGCUCAAUUCCCAGACGCGGCUGGGCCUUCGCCGUGGAAUUUCCGGACACAGGCUGAAGCUCCAGCGAGCUCUUUCGGAACAUCGGCACCUGGUACUCCACACACCAACAAACGAUAUCUCGAAGCCUUCUUAUCUCCCAAUCGCCUGAAGAAAGUCCAUCAUUCCGUCCAGCAGAACAUGAGUCCAUCGCCUGUGCCUUCAGCUGGACCCGGCGGUUCCACGCAAGGAUCAACACUGUCACCCCAGACAUGGGGAGAGCGAAUAAAGGCGGCAAGAGCUUCGGCACAAGAUGUAUCCUGCAAUGUUCCACAAGUUACCGAUUCGGACUCAAAAAUGAUGGACCAUGAUGGUAGAGGACCAAACGCACACGAAAUGGAUCUUUCCGGAAAUUCAGCGACGACAUCACCCGUGGAAAGUCGUCAUUAUGACUCGAGAGGAAUUCCAGAGUCGACGGAUGCUCCACAAUCUCAAAUGGAUGACGUGGGAGGAAGUGCCUUUCCAAUCCAGAGGUCGAUAGAGGAGGAACAACAAUCUUCCAAUGGUGAACAGUCUUCCACCGAUUCCAAGGCCAGUUCGAGUCAACAGUCUGUCGAUAACGAACGGGAUAUUCCAUUAGUGGAUGGAUUGGUGAUACCGAGUCUACCUAUUCUAGGUCCGGACGAGUAUGCCAUCGCUCUUCCCGCAGAGGGGAAAAUCCAGUCGGCAUAUUUCGACAUCAUCAAAUCCAAGCGCAAAUCCAUUUUGAAGUUCAUCAGCAGACACGAUUCGGUUGGCUCCUCUAAUGGAUCUCCCCAUCGGGCGCAUGAGAGAAAUGAAAUGACGGAUAUGAUUCAACAAUUGCACAAUACAACAACGCACUUUGAUCUCGGCCUUCCGGGAUUCUCUGCCCAAGACUCGAUGCAAUCGGACAAAGGGGCGGCGUAUGCAAAUUAUGCGGGAUCCAAAUUUUCAUUUCUGGGCCAUCUGGUCGAUAUUUUCAAGCAUACCGACCACUCUAUUGUCAUUGUGUCUCGAGCGGGACCGAUUCAGGACCUUCUGGAGCAAUACUUGACGAUGAACCACGUCAAGGUCAGAAGGCAAGAUCGUCUGGCGGCAUCACGAUCUCCCCCUCCCGACCGGCCCAAUACAGAAUUCCAAGUCGAGCUCGUCAGUUCUAUGUCGACACACCAGGUUUCAUUUCCUCGAAAGCCGGUGCUGAUGAUUGCAUUUGAUGCUUCUUUUGACUCUCAGGACCCUCAGGUUGCUCGAAUUCGCACCCACUUCUCACCUAAGCCUCCGGCACUUAUCCCGGUGGUGCAUCUUUUGGUGUCCAAUUCGUCAGAACAUGUCGAUCGAUGCAUUCCCAGGAGUGUGCCAUCACCGAAGAGAUUGAAAAUGCUCGUUCGAGCCACAUACCAAGCCCGACCGAACCUCGGAGGCAAACCCACCUACGUUCCCGAUGCUUCGGAUGAGCCCGAGGGGAGACCAAUGGAUUUUUCCGAUCUUCAGAGGGCCCUCAGAAAAAGACCGGAGCGAAAACUGAGGAGGCUGGCCCAAAUAGUGGUGGCUGCGUCGAUGGCGGACGUUUUUGCCACACGCUGGACACUAGGGUCGAUGCCUGGAUUGCAAUUGACAGAACUGGAAGAACCUCUACCGAAAGCUAGCGGGACAUCCACUGUGGCCGAGACCCCCAAGGAAUCUCUCCUUCGGUCAGCAACGCCCAUUUCCCGUGCUGAUACUCCAUCGGGCCGGAAACGUUUGUUGGAGGUGGAUGGCAUUCUCCCCGCCCUGAACAAACGCCAACGACUUACCCCUUUGAGGGAUUCGGUGGAAAUUAACAACUCCAACAAUGAUUCCAACAAUCACCUCGCACAGCUUCAGGAACUUGUACGGAAACUACAAGCGGAACUUACGACAGAAAGAGAAGCGCGGCAAAAAUCCGAACACGAUCGAGACCGUCUCCAAGAACAAUUGGACCAGUGGAAAAAGGAUCAUGCCGAUCUUCAACGACGUUAUGAGAAACGAAUGACGAAAUGCCAUGAAUUAGACAAGGCGAAUCAGAAACUACUCAAGACUAUUGAAAAUAAUCAAUCAAGACAUGAGAAAACCGGGGAGGAUAAUGUUGCUCUCAAAAAGAAAGUCGCCGAGUUACAAGCGGAAUUGGAGACAGUUCGCACAGAAGUCAAAUCGGGUGGCGGAGAUGCGGCCGCGGUAGAGGUUGCGAGAGAGGAGGCUCGAAUGCUCCUGGCUAAGAAUAUCCAUUUGGAAAGGUCUCUGGAAAACACCCGCAAAGAUUUCGAGUUCACCCGAUCCCAAUAUCAAGACGCGUCGAACAAAGCAGCCGAGUUCGCCACACAAGUCAGAGAAUUGGAGGAGAUCGUCACGGAUUUGACCAAGCAGGCGGCCGAUGAGAAGCGACGUCUUAAGGAGACGAACUUUGAAGACAGCGUCAAGAAACAUCUUGCGAAGAUUUCUGAGCUGGAACUGGAAAAGAAGUCAAGGGAUAUGCUACUUCGCAAACUCGAGGAGGAGAAUCGCAGCUUGAAGCGCAAUCGGGGCGUGCAGACUCGUGGAUCCAGUGUUCAGCCCCCGGGCAGUCCGGGCUUGGACGGACAUGGCACUCGUGGCCCGAGAAGUCGUCAGGGAAGUCCAGCCCCCGGGUUAUUUGCGGGUCCACACCACGCCUCUGGCGCCAAUAGGGGUAGUUUGUUGAGGCAUGAGCGAUGA